AUGGAAGGUGAGUUGGCUGGUGAUGAGCCUUAUUACCCCUCAGAUGAAGCUGCCAGUUUUGAGACUGAUCCAAAUGACAUAUCUGAUGAUGAUGAAGAAGUAGUUGAACAAAGAGUAAAAGCAAAAAGAAAGAAGGUGACAAACAGAGUUGUGUUUGAUAAAACCUCCAAGAAAAUAGUGUGGGAAACAGGCCUCCAAUUUGAAAGUGUUAAUGAAUUUAGAAUUGCAGUUACCAAGUAUGCAGUCCAUGAGCAUAUUGCCAUUGAAAAAUGUAUUAAUGAACCUACAAGGGUAAGGGUUAGGUGUGUAGAGGGUUGUCCUUGUCUUUUAUUUGCUAGUCUUGACUCUAGGACUAACAACUUUGUGGUGAAGACCUAUAAUCCAAUUCACAUGUGUGACCCUACCAAUAGGAACAAGCUUUGCAAUACCAAAUUCUUAUCUAGUCACUAUAAUGAGAGAAUAAAGGAACAACCAAACAUUAGGAUUUUUGAGUUUCAGCAGCUCAUUAAAAAUGAGUUGGAUCUUUAUGUUGGUAGACCUGUGUGUAGAAGAGCAAGAAACAAGGUUUUAGCUGAGUUGAUGGGUGACCAUGUUUUGGAGUUUGGGAGGAUUUUAGAUUAUAGGGAUGAGUUGUUAAGAUCAAAUCCAAGUAGUACAUGUGUAGUUAGGCUUAGUGAUGAGACAUUUGAAGGUGGAAAAAAAAUGUUUAGAGGAUUCUACAUAUGUUUUGAUGCAAUGAAGAAGUCAUACUUAGCUGGUUGUAGGAAGUGCAUUGGUUUGGAUGGUUGCUUUUUAAAGGGAAUCUCAAAAGGUCAAUUACUUGUUGUUGUUUGUAAAGAUGGAAACAAUCAGAUGAUGCCACUGGCCUGGGCUAAUUUAAAGGAAGAUCUUCAACUGGGAGAUAGGGCAGACAUUACUGUUAUAACAGAUAUGCAUAAGGGUCUUGAAAGUGUCAUAAAAGAGCAGCUGCCCAAUGUUGAACAUAGAAUGUGUGCUAGGCAUGUUUUAGCCAAUUGGUCCAAAAAAUACAGAGGCCUUGAGAGGAAGAAUUGCUUCUGGAGGUGUGCAAAGUCAACUUUUGAGUCUCAGUUGAAUGAAAACUUAGACUACAUGAAACUUUUGGGAGAAGAAUGUCUUGAUAAGUUGAUGUACUACAACCCUGAAAGGUGGAGCAAGGUUUACAUGAAAUAUACCACAAAGUGUGACAUUAUAGACAACAACAUGGCUGGAUGUUUCAACUCUUGGAUACUGGUUGCAAGGCACAAGACUGUAAUAACUAUGCUUGAAGAAAUAAGAAUCAAAAUGAUGAAGAGAGUAGGACAGAUGAUGGGGUUUUGUGACAGUUGGAUUCAUGACUUUUCUCCAAUGGCAUUGAAAGUUCUGACAGAGCAUACUGCAGGGUCUCUGAAAUGCAGUAUUGAAUGGAAUUCUGAUACAGGGUAUGAGGUUCUUGAAGAUCAUUUUAGACAUGUUGUGGAUCUUCCUAGACAAACUUGUUCUUGUAGAGCAUGGAUGUUGAAAGGCAUCCCAUGUCCUCAUGCAAUUGUUUCUCUUCACCACAAGAGGUUGAACCCAAUGGAUUACAUUUUCAGUGGUAUUCUAGAGAUACCUAUAUGA